AUGCCACCGUCUGCGCAUCGCCUUCGGCGUCCGCUCUCUUUCGAUGCUAUCGAAGGAGGAGCAGCUAGUUCGCUGCGUGGUGCGACAACUCGGCAGUUGCUGUCCGGUCUUGGGAUGAUCUUCAACCAGGACCUGCCAGCGCUCCUAUCGGCCGGCGGACUCAGCGGCAUCCGAUUUCCGACGAGGGAGCAGAUGCAGAAAGCAGGAGAUACCCUGUUCGAUGCAUCCGUGGAGACUAACAGCGUGGACCUCUUCAUCAGUCAUUCUUGGAGCGCAGGUCGUUGGGAGAAGUUCCUGGCACUCUGUCUGUAUCUGAAUCUGGAGAUGGCCGUCGCAUGUUGCAUGACCACUUAUAUCUUGGUCCUGGUUGUGAUGAUCUCAUCGUAUGGUGUGGCUGGUCUUGGGGGUAGUCGGCUGCUCCUCCCUUGCUUUGUGUACCUGCCGAUGGCCGCAUUUUUUCUUGUGUUCUUCUUCGGGCAGCAAUUGUCCUUCGGGCUAUGGUCUCCGUCUAUCUGGAUAGAUAGGUUGUGCAUCCACCAGACAGACCUAGAGCUGAAAUCCGAACAGAUCAAGUCCGUGCCAACCUUCGUGGUGCGCUCUUCCCGCAUGCUCAUCCUCUGCGACGGAUCUUACUUUGAACGGUUGUGGUGCAAUCUAGAGCUUGCCACUUUUGCCCGGCAUGGAGGCGUGGAAAAAGUUGACGUGUUGCCAUUGUGGCUUGCUCCCUGGCUUCUUUUCAGUAUCUUGCUGGAACUCCUCAGCGUCAACUUGAUAGAAGUUUUGCAGCUUGUGUUCCCCAACUGGAGUGCUGCGUGGCAGCAGCAUAUCAUGGUUUUGGUUGCGCCACAUGUGGGAGAGAACCCACUGAUGCAGAAGUUUGUCGGUUGGUUUAUCAUCUGGAUGAUCUUGUCCGUGACCACGCUCCCGGGCUCUAUUCCCAGUUUCUUCUCCUUCCGUAUGAAGAUUCGACAUCAUCAACUUAUCCUGGAUCAAAUGGCAGACUUCGACGUCCGGGCAGCGAAAUGCUCUGAGCCUUCGGAUCGAGACGCCAUCGAGAUGCAACUGCAGGAGAUAUUCUGCAACCAUGACCUACCCUCUCUCGGUUCUGAUGCCGUGGAUGAGGGUGAGGUGAAGGUUCAGCAGCAUGUGCGGCACCAGGCCACCGCUAAUCCGCUGGACAGCUUCAAUGCCUACGUUCGAGGUGUCCUUCGUGACAUUGUCAUGAUGCAGAUCGGCGAUGAAAUCUACGUACCAUGGCCAUUGUGUUUAACUACCUGCCUACCGAUGAUCUUGUAUUCCUCCGUGAACGUGCUGGGCUGCGACAACGGCUCUUGCGAGGAAUCUGCGCGGCUGGCAGGAUGUACCUCGACGCUACAGUACAUCCUCGCUGACGUGGUCGGCUGGUCACUUAACAUUGUGCUGGCAUUCCCACUGACCUAUCCUGUCAUGCUUCGGAUGCUGAAAUGUGUUCUCUCCUUCGGCGAUGGUCUUGUACAGCGCUGUGCAGCUUUCUUGUGUUGCAUCUUGGUAUACGAGUACACCUAUAUGUGCGGCGGCUUGAUCUGGGGCACUUGGAUACUUGUCGUGGAGGACUACUCUCCACUUCAACUCACAGUUUUUUUCCUGGCGAUGAUUUUCUUGCUCAUCCAAAGCAUCUGCCUCUUUUACAAGUGGGACAGGCAUGGACAGGAAAACCUGGCAUCAUGUCGCUGUGUCAAACGACAGGUCGCGACAUAUCAGGCAAUGGGCGCCGAAAGCGGCUCGCCCUUGGCCUGCUUUGAAGAGUCCCCUGAAUGA